AUGGCAUUUACCCUAGGAGGGCACAGCUUCGCGUACUAUGGGUUCCCUCCGUCAUCCACCAAAGAUUUCCAGGUUAUGCAGAUUAAAUACUUAGUCAAGAAAUAUCUGGAAAGUAUCCACUUCGACGCAAACACGCCAUACUUUAAGGAUGAAGCCCUAGAGGAGACAGUUUGGGGCUAUUUCCAAAGCUUGAACAUGGGCGAGAAGAUUGAGAGAUCAUCGCAGAAGAUGCUCAAAAUUACCGGGUUGUACAUGUUUCUUCUUGAUGAUGUGACGGAGGAGUUUACGGAGGGCUUGCAACAAUUUGGACAGAAUCUAAGCAUCUACUACGGGCCGUACUGCCAUUCGGUGAUUAUCAAAUCCAUGUUCGACUACAUCAAUGGACAUGUUAUUGAACACAAAAUGGAGCAGUCAGGGUUUAAAUUCUCCGCAAACACUUGCUUAAUGCCCACGUUCCUGCGCACCAAGACUGGCGGUGCUGAGAUCCUCGUCCAUAUGCUUUGGCCGAAGAGCCUGUUUCCAGAAGAGCAAUAUUUCAUGCAGUACUUCCCUGUUAUACAGGAGAUGGUGUUGUUUAUUGGUUUCACAAAUGAGAUUCUCUUGUAUUAUAAAGAAUGCUUUAUUAAUGAGGAGAAAGGAAAUUUUGUGUCAAACUUUGCACAAGCGCACGAAGUGGACCGCUUAGAUGUCUUGAGACAGUUGUCGGAGUAUAUCCCACAAGGACUUACCGCUGUGUUUAGAACACUGCAGCAUAAUGAGGUUCUGCGGAAGCCAAUAGAGCAGUUUGUCAUCAGCUAUGUUAGGAUGAUGACAACUAAUAGGCGCUACCAUCUGGUGGAACUAUUUGCAGAUGAGCAGUAUUUGCCGCCCUACAAUGAUGAUGCAUGA